AUGUCUAUACGUCCAGUUGUACUGGAUGAUGUCGGAGAAACAUCAUUUGAAGAUGUUGAAAGCACAUUUACUUAUAAAGAUGAUAUAGAGGUACCGAGAUUGGCACCUAAUUCAGCUACAUCCACAACUACGGAAAAUACCACAUUCUCUAAGGAUAAGAGGUAUUCAUCACACACGGAACUGGCGAGCGAUCUUGAUGAUGAUAUGAACUAUAACAGUGAUUUUGAAGAGUACCAAAAUGGUACAGACCUACCUCUUGCUGUGGAUAGACGAUUUAGGGAAAGUUCGGAUCAGGACGAGCUAGCUGAUUUGCAAGAACAACUGGAGAAGAAGCUAUCAUUGAACCUGAGAAAUUCUAAGACCGGUGGUGGUAGUGGUACUAGAAAUGUGGAUCAAUAUAUAAACCAUGCGGGACUAGUGCGGCCAUCGUUGAAGGAUUCGGUACGACAGCGUAGAUCGAUGGUCGAUUUGGCAACCCGUAGUAAAGGUAAUAUUACAAGCUUGAAUUCACAGCAAUCGCGUCGAGUACCGAACAGCAGGUCUUAUAUGAACCUUAGACCCAGUUCUGGUCGAACUCUCAGUUAUAAGUCAUCUAUGCCAUCGUUAAUGAGGUUCAACCGUCAAGAUGUGUUACUUGAGGACGAAGAUGACGAAGAUGACGAUGAAGAUGAAGAUGAUGAACCCUAUCCAUAUGUGCCCAGAGUUAGAAGGAGUUACAGGGAUCUUGGACCAAGGUUUGGUGAAAGAACUGAUGACGGUAACGUUGUCCAAGACAUUGCUGUUGAGGCUACAGAAAUGGCUAAUAAUGGAGACGACGAUGACGAUAAUUUCGGUAAUGAUUUUGAAGGAAUUGACGAUAACUUCCAGUUCGCUACUAAUAACAACAAUAACUUUUCAGCAUUUGAUCCAACAUUACGUUUAUCACCCUCAGAGUAUGAUAUCGAACAUGAUGACACUUUAUUAACACCACAGCUGCAUAAGAAGCAUUAUGCGUUCGACGCUCCGUUGGAUUCGUAUAGGGAAGCUCGUCAACAACGGGGUACGGCAAAACAGGCCGCUGCUGCUGCUGCUGUUAACAGACGUAAUUCUACAAGAGCUCGUGCUCGUUUAAAGACAAUAAGACAAGAAAUUGAUCUCAACACGCCGUUGAAAAGAGGUAAGAUGAAAUACAACCCAAGGGAGAAACGAUGGGAUGGUAAUGAGGAUAUUUUAAGCAGUUUCGAUAACAUUGAAAAUGUCGAUCGGAAAGCGUUUAUCAUCAAGAACAAAAGGUCAAAGUCUCCGUUGAAGACUUCGUCCUCUACUCAAAUAGCGGCAUCAGGGACGAAUGCGGCCUCCUCAAAUUCUCAGCAUGGGAAGGUCGUGGGAAAAAUGAGAUUUGAUGAAAAGAACCUAAGAUGGCUACGAGUUGAUGGUACUGAAGAAGAUCCGUUUCAUGGUAUCACAGACUUGAUGCCAAGAUCUCAAUCUUCACCUACCAAGAACGUCAAAUUCCAAUCACAAGGACAUUCUGGUAACAUUCUUCGAUCACAGUCUCAACUGCCGUUCGGAAGAGAUGAGCAUGGAAAUAGAUUUAUCUCUUCAGAAUCCACACGAUUCCACUCUUUGACUACAAACUCAACCACAGAUCCUACGUACCAAAUUACAAGCAAACAAUUAGAGAAGUUUUACCAUGAAGAGAAUAAAUGGAGCAGGAAGGUAGGUGGAUGGUUCAUUCUUGGUGAUAAAUCUAGAGACACUGGUUCCGCAGACCAGUCACAUACCAGUUUAAAUGACAAAUCAUACAUGUACGAAAUCAGGAAUAUGGUUAUCUCAUCAGCGCGUAACUGA